AUGGGUAGGCAGUAUUGGGCAGACUAUCCUGAAUUAUUUGCCGAUAUUGUCAAGCCAAAUAUAGAAAUUGACAGAGCUGUUAAUGUUCUUCGGUGGUUUGUGAGCACACUAUAUGGUUCCUUUGCUUCGCGUAAGGACAAAGAAAAGAUAGAAAAAAAGCCGUUUAAUCCCAUACUUGGUGAGCAAUUCAUAGCCCGAUGGAAAGAUGCAAACGACUGUGGAGAAACAGUUCUUUUCUCGGAGCAGGUAAGUCAUCACCCACCAGUCUCUGCCAUAUAUCUCGAGAAUCAGAAGGCUGGAAUUUCUGCCAACGGUCACACCGGACAAAAGAGUCAGUUUAGGGCCACUGCUGCGCGCAUUGACGUUAUACAAAUCGGUCAUGUCAUCGUUCGUUUGCGCGACUAUCCGGAGCAAUAUCUUAUCACACUCCCCUCUCUUCAAAUACUUGGCCUAUGGAAAGGCGCUCCUUACGUAGAACUAAGUGGGACAUCUUACAUUCAAUCACAAAACUACAAUAUUAGAAUUGACUUUAGUGGCAAAGGUUGGAUAUCAGGCGAAAAACAUUCGUUCACCGGUGUUAUACGCUCCAACGAUUCGACAGAUCCUCUGCUCACCGCUACCGGUGUUUGGGAUGGUAAAUCGACUCUUGAAAACCACCUUGAUCGGAAGAAAACUCCUUUCUUUAAUGUGGCAAAGCCUAAGACCGAACCGAUCAUCGCCCCCGAAGACGAACAAGAUCCUAUUGAGAGCCGAAGAUUAUGGAGAUAUGUCGCCAACGCCAUAAAUGAAGGUGAUUUCGCUACCGCAUCGCAGCUUAAGGCUGAGAUUGAACAACGGCAGCGCGAUAAAGUUAAAAAUGGCGAGGAAACUAUUCUUCGAUUCUUCGACUGGGUAGAAAACGAUACUGUUAAAAAUAAUCUAGAAGAGUUAAUUUCGGGCCCUAGAGAUGAUAGAUAUGUAGAGAGGGGAAGUUGGAUUUACAAGAGGCUCUCUUUCGCAAAAUAA